AUGGCGCUUGACGGCAUCAGUGCUACAGCCGGCGUGCUGCAGGUGGCAGAAAUGGGAUUCUCUCUGGCCAAGUCGAUACACAACUUCGUCCUCACAGCAAAAGAUGCGCCGAAAGACUUGCGAGUUGUUGCACAGGACAUUCGACUUCUGUCGAUAGUGCUGAAACGAGCACAUACCCAGAUACAGUCGACAGACAAUCUGAAGCAGCACGAGAUGGAUGCAGACUUCCAAGAUAUACUAGACGGGACGAAAGAUGCUUUCAAUGAUGUUCGCGAAUCGGUUGCAAGCAUGCAUAGCAAGGGACAGACUGUUGCCCGGCUCCAGUAUGCUUUCAACAAGAAGGAGAAGAUCGAACUCCUUGGAGCGAACCUCGAGAAGCGGAAGACGACGCUUCUAGUGAUGAUCGGAAUCGUUGGUCUGGCGGCCAACACCACCAACGCUGGAGCAAAUGGAGAUCAAGAAGCCAUGGCGGUUGCAAAACUCGAGGUUCAGACCAUGAUUCGGGCCAAAACGGAUGCUGAGAAGAAGUAUGAGGUACUAGCAGCUGCAUUCAGUCAACUACAGCCGAAGACGGAGAGUGCAUCGCAAGGUAUGCAGGGGCUGUCACUUGUUGCGAUGCCAAGAAAUCCGACCAAUCCGGCCAAGUCAUGUCAGUCAGGCUCUGAUGCAGAUACGAUGCAUGAUCUGGAUCUGCCGCGGCCCUUGUACGCAAAGCGUGCGACGAGCAGUGGCAAUCACGACCUAAGAGAGACAUGCCGAGGGAUCAGAGAACACGAUUUCAAGCAGCCGUACAGCAUGAACGCCAUCAAGCCCUCCUUACCGAGGCUUCGUGAUGAGAGAGCAUGGCGACGAGCCUCAGUCGAUGUGCAGGAGCAAUUGCGGCCCUGA